AUGGACAUCCACCCCCAGACAGGGCCGCAGACCCUCUUCUCCUUCGCCUCCGCCCAUCCCCCCGUAGACCCCCCCACCCAUUUCUCCACAGGCUCGGACGCACAGCUCGGCGGCCUCACCACCGCCGAGCUCGCCCUCGUGCCCUCCCAGCCCCUCGCAGAGCCCACAGCCUCGUCCGAGCCCCAAUAUUCCCACAUGGCGUUCUAUGGGUACAUGUCCACUGCUGUGCCUCCAGAGCAUGCUGGCAAGAUCAGGACGGGAUUUGCUGGCUUUAGGAAUGUGUCGAGGAGCACGCUCUUUGGGCAGGAUACCUGGGAUCUUGACCUCGCGACGCAUCUCAAGGUCACCGUCGGGUACCGCGGCUGGGAGGGGUGGAGGAACCGAUGGGUCGUCAACAUCGGUGUCGACGACCGCCCCAGGACCGACAUCUUCCAACACCGAUUGGAACUCGCCCCCUCCGCCCUGUCUGGCCCCUCCAAGACUCCCCUCGAUCCCCUUUCUCCUCCCCUGCCCACAUUCACCACCCUCCACCUCCCCCUCUCCUCCUUCGUGCUCAUCAAGAAGGGCGUCGUCUCGCCCCAGCCCGUGUCCAUGACGCUGUCCCAGAUCAGGACUGUCGGUUUCGCUCUUCUCGGCCGAGACCGUGAUGACAAUGCUGCUGCUCCUGGAGAGGCGCCGGCGGGCAAGGGCGUGGAGGGUAUCACGCUGGGAGGAUGGGGCAAGGGAAAAGUCAGUGAAGCAGAGGACGACCCGGAGCUGAGGCAGAUGCUCGAGGAAGACAGGCUUUUGGGCCCGGAUGCCAGCGCGGGUUCAUCCAUGACCAAUCCUCCCAAACCUCGAUCCAACAGUGGUUACCACCGAGCCAGCGCUGCCGCUGCCUCGGCGCCUGUGGCAGAUGAGGUCGAAGACGGUGUGAGGGAGGGGUACUAUGAGCUUUCUGUUAAGAGCGUCGAGGCUGUCAAGUGGGAUCCCGAGCUCGAUGAGCCCGGGCAGUAG